CAACUUCGUGGAUGAAUUGGACUCCCAAGACGCUCAAAGACUUCACCAUCUUGUGGGAACCAAUUGCUUGCCAUGGUCUCAUGGUGGAUCAGGCUAGUGCGGUAUGACAAGCGACAGCGGCAACCUUCCCGGCUCCUUUCUAGGACGCAUGGAUUGGCUACAUGUCUACAUUGCCUGCGCUGCCUUUGCCGUCUGUGGAUUCGUUGCGCUGGUUCUGUUUGCGUCCCGGCGAACGCGCAAAGUUGACUACGACAGUGGCAUCUUCACCUACCUGAAAUUCAUCUACGCAAGCUUCCUCAAGCCUCAUGAGAAGAGCGGAAGAGGACAGCAGGAUGCACUGGAGAGCUUCUACAAGACCCAAGCCAGUGUGUACGAUGCGACUCGCAAGCGCCUCCUCCGCGGACGCGAGGACAUGCUGGGCCUUGUUGCUGCGCAAUUGAAGCAUAAGGUUGACAGCCAGGAGCUCAAAGCUGGAGAAGCCAUCUGGGUUGAUAUUGGUGGAGGCACUGGAUACAAUAUCGAAGCGAUGUCCGCCUUCCUCUCGGUGCCAGACUUCUUCGCGCACGUCUAUCUAGUCGAUCUUUCUCCCUCCCUUUGUGAGGUUGCCCGCCAGCGUUUCCAGAGACUCGGCUGGAAGAACGUCAGCGUCGUCUGCCAGGACGCGAGGUCCUUCCGGUUGCCCGAGGAGGACAGGGUGGGUAGCCUCUCCCGCGUUAGAAGAACUAUGCUGACCAGUGCAGACUACUACAGCGUCAUUGACUCACUGCCUGCGCUGAUCAAGCCUUUUGGCGUUGUGGGAGUUUGUGAUUUCUAUGUGCAAAGCAUCGUGGACGUCUCCUCACGCAAUUACAUUGGCGGCGCCUUCAAUCGCCAUGUGAACUGGCUUGGGAGAGCCUUCUGGCGUGCCUGGUUCGACGCGGACCGUGUCAGUCUUGAGGCUGCUCGUCGUGAUUACCUUGAAUACCGCUUCGGGACCGUGAUUUCAGCCAGUGAGAGGAAUUACCUGUUGGGUGGAAUUCCCUACUACAUCUUCGUGGGAUGCCAGAAGGAUUCCACUACACAUUCCGGCCGCGAUGCCAUUGAAAAGCUCAACGCCUCUUUCACGGAGUCUCCGUACCUCUCUCCCGCGAAGCAUCGGAGCGAGAUAGACGCGGCUAUUGUGAGCAGCACGCAGGAGAUCAAAUCCAAAGCGUACGAAUCUGCCGUGAUCAACCUCGGCUCCAACCUUCCUCUACCUUCGUCAUUCUAUCAGAACCACCAUUACCGCAUCUUCUAUGACGACCUCCUCCCCAAGCACACCCAGUUCGGCAACGAGUACAUCUAUGCCUUCAACUGGGAAGACCCCCGUGUUGACCACAAACUACUCAACAUCCAGCGCGACGACGUCAUCCUCGCCAUCACCAGUGCAGGCGACAACAUCCUGGACUACCUCCAAAAGAGCCCCCGCCGGGUGCAUGCCGUGGACCUGAACCCCAAUCAAAAUCACCUUCUCGAGCUCAAGAUCGCCAGCUUCAUCGCACUUGGCCACCGUGACGUCUGGAAGAUCUUUGGCGAGGGCAAACACCCGGACUUCCGCCGGCUCCUCAUCACCAGACUGAGCCCUCAUCUCUCGAGCCAAGCCUUCCAGUACUGGCUCGAGCACACGCACGUCUUCGCCUCCUCCUCGGGCAAGGGCCUGUACGAGACCGGCGGCUCUCGCCAUGCCAUCAAGAUGGUCCGGUACCUCUUCAAGGUCUUCGGGCUCCAGUCCCAGGUCCAGCAGCUCUGCGAGGCGCAGACGCUGGCCGAGCAGCGCGAGAUCUGGCCCAGGAUCCGCGCCGUUCUAAUGAGCAAGCCGCUGCACUGGGCGGUCGUAGGGACCGAAUGGUUCGCCUGGAAGGCGGCCGGGGUGCCCCGCAACCAGCGCAACAUGAUCAUCGACGAUUUCUACAAGCGCAACGGGCUGAACAAGAAUAUGAAGCAGGCCAAGGACGUCAGCGGCCAGUCGAUCUGGGAGUACGUCGUGGACACAUUGGACCCCGUCGUCCAGGACACCCUCAUCAGCAACGACAACUACUUCUAUUUCCUGUGUUUGCAGGGCCACUUCUCCCGCAGAUGUCACCCCGCCUACCUCACCCCAAAAGCCCACGUCAAGCUCUCCUCCCCCGGCGCCUUCGACGGUCUCCGCAUCCACACCGACGAGAUCAACGAAGUCAUCAAGCGCAUCACACCGAGGAGUCUCACCAUCGCAGUCAUCAUGGACUCAAUGGACUGGUUCGACCCCACCAGCGACGCCGCCGCCGCCCAAGCCCAGAAACUCAACCACGCGCUGAAGAAGGGCGGCCGCAUCCUCCUCCGGUCCGCCAGCAUUGACCCCUGGUAUAUCCGGCACUUCGAGGCGAACGGCUUCUCCGCGAAGCGGGUCGGGGCCAGGGUCCCUGGUACUUGUAUUGAUCGUGUGAAUAUGUACGCAUCGACCUGGAUCUGUACCAAGACCCGGGAUCUGGAUCGUCCGGCGCCGAGCCGGGCGAUGUCGGCUUUGUCACUGAAUGAGUGA